ACCCCGCCCACUACCCCGCUCCCUCCGGGAGCGGACUGGGGCUCUUAUUGCCUACGCCGGUUCGGGAGCCUCCACGCGGAGAGGCUCCCGCCGCCUAGAGCUGCGGCCUCCGCAUGGCAUGGAGGAACCGCUCUCACCCCCACCGGAGUCCGGGCUGCUCUCGCCGCUGCUGCAGGGAGGUGGAGCGGCUGCCGCUCCAGAGCCCGGAGCCCGGCAACACCCGGGACAUGAGACCGCGGCGCAGCGGUACAGCGCCCGCCUGCUGCAGGCCGGCUACGAGCCGGAGAGCAUGGCGGACUACCUGAUCAGCGGCGGCACCGGCUACGUUCCCGAGGAUGGGCUCACCGCGCAGCAGCUCUUUGCCAACGCGGAUGGCCUCACCUACAACGACUUCCUGAUCCUCCCAGGAUUCAUAGACUUCAUAGCUGAUGAAGUGGACCUGACAUCAGCCCUGACCCGGAAGAUCACACUGAAGACACCAUUGAUCUCGUCUCCCAUGGAUACAGUGACAGAGGCUGAUAUGGCCAUUGCAAUGGCUCUCAUGGGAGGAAUUGGUUUCAUUCAUCACAACUGUACCCCAGAGUUCCAGGCCAAUGAAGUACGGAAGGUCAAGAAGUUUGAGCAAGGCUUCAUCACAGACCCUGUGGUCCUGAGCCCUUCACAUACUGUGGGUGAUGUUCUGGAGGCCAAGAUACAGCAUGGCUUCUCUGGUAUCCCCAUCACCGCGACGGGCACCAUGGGGAGCAAGCUGGUGGGCAUCGUCACCUCCCGAGACAUUGACUUCCUUGCUGAGAAGGACCACACCACCCUCCUCAGUGAGGUGAUGACUCCGAGGGUCGAGCUGGUGGUGGCUCCAGCAGGUGUGACAUUGAAAGAAGCAAAUGAGAUCUUGCAGCGCAGCAAGAAAGGGAAGCUGCCCAUAGUCAACGAUCAAGAUGAGCUGGUAGCCAUCAUUGCGCGCACAGACCUGAAGAAGAACAGAGACUACCCUCUGGCCUCCAAGGACUCCCACAAACAGCUGUUGUGUGGGGCAGCUGUGGGCACCCGUGAGGAUGACAAAUACCGCCUGGACCUGCUCACUCAGGCCGGUGCUGACGUCAUAGUACUAGAUUCAUCCCAGGGGAACUCAGUGUAUCAGAUCGCCAUGGUGCACUAUAUCAAGCAGAAGUACCCCCACCUCCAAGUGAUUGGGGGAAAUGUGGUGACAGCAGCCCAGGCCAAGAACUUGAUUGAUGCUGGUGUGGACGGGCUUCGUGUGGGCAUGGGCUGUGGUUCCAUCUGCAUCACCCAGGAAGUGAUGGCCUGUGGCCGACCCCAGGGGACUGCUGUCUACAAGGUGGCCGAGUACGCCCGACGUUUUGGGGUGCCGGUAAUAGCGGAUGGUGGCAUCCAGACCGUGGGCCAUGUGGUCAAAGCCCUGGCACUUGGAGCCUCUACAGUAAUGAUGGGCUCCCUGCUGGCUGCCACCACGGAGGCGCCUGGUGAAUACUUCUUCUCAGAUGGGGUGAGGCUGAAGAAGUACCGGGGCAUGGGUUCUCUGGACGCCAUGGAGAAGAGCAGCAGCAGCCAGAAAAGAUACUUCAGUGAGGGGGAUAAGGUGAAGAUCGCACAAGGUGUCUCCGGUUCCAUCCAGGAUAAAGGCUCCAUUCAGAAGUUUGUGCCCUACCUCAUAGCAGGGAUCCAGCAUGGCUGCCAGGAUAUUGGGGCCCAAAGCCUAUCUGUCCUGCGAUCCAUGAUGUACUCAGGAGAGCUCAAGUUUGAGAAGCGGACCAUGUCGGCCCAGAUUGAGGGUGGCGUGCACGGCCUACACUCCUAUACCUUUCUGCCGUUUACGAGAAGCGGCUGUACUGAGGACAGCGGUGGCGGCCAAGGCAGUGGAGGGGGCGAACCCCGGGGCCCCCCUCUAGGAACAGCCUCCCUCCAGAACUAAGUGGUCCAUAGAUUUGCACUACGGGUUCCCCAGCUCCUUUCCAGGGAGAGGAGUGGAGUCCUUGAGGGGCCUGUGGCCCCUCUCCCGGGCAACCCCACAGAGUCAGGUAGCCCCCCCCCCCCGUGCCAGGCUGCCCCAUAAGAUCUUCCGGGUUCCCCCUUCUUCAGUUCCCUGAGCCCAGUCAGCCUUGGCUCUCAGGCCCUGUGCCUGCCUCAGGUCUUUCUCACUGCAGCCUGCUCUGGCCCAAUGUCCAACUCUGACCCCUGGGGAAGGUAGCCCCUCCUGGCUUCUCCUAUAGGGCACCUCUCUCUCUUGCUGCCCCCUUCCUCCCAGGAAAUGGUGCUCUCCUGACCCUGCCUCUGGCCCGUCCCUGGAGUGCUGUCCUCUCAGCCAUGUGGCACUGUGGGUUCUGGACCUAGGCCAGGGGGAGGUCUCUGCCCCCUUCCUCUGGCUUGAGGCUCCCAUGGGGCCUGCUCCUCGGCUUACUUCCCCAUCUCUGAGCCCAGGGAGGGCCUGCUGAUGACCACCUGCCCUUCAUUCCUGAUUCACCACCAUCCCCAAGUGUACCGUCCCUGCCCUCUCUUCUCAGCUGCAGUUGAAGGCUUUAACUUUGCACACUUUGGGGUCACAAUUGUGUCAUUGUAUAUUAAAUAAUCUGAAUAAAUCAAGCAGUUAUCAAUGCC